UGAACGGGCUCCAGGCUCGGACCUUUGGCGUCUGGACCCUGCUGUCAUCAGUGAUCCGCUGCCUCUGCGCCAUCGACAUCCGCAAUAGGACCCUCUAUCACAUCACGCUCUUUACCUUCUUUUUGGCCCUUGUUCACUUCCUCUCCGAGGUCUUCAUUUACCACACUGCAGCCUUGACAAUUGGAGUUAUGGCACCCCUCAUGGUAGCAAGUUUCUCUAUUAUGGGGAUGUUGAUUGGGCUGCAGUACCUGGAGGUAGAAGCACUGUCACAAAACAAGAAGAAAAACUGAAGCUGAGGGCCCUGUGUAGAUCAGCGUUGUCUCCUGUCUUCAUUGCCAAACUUCCACUAAAGCUCAGCUGAACUUCUCCGGGACACCAGUCCCACUGGUGGAUCAAUGUUGGGCUCUGUCAGUCAUUCAUUACCAAGUGUUUUUUCUUGUCCAGGCAACAUUUCAACUGACUGUCAAAGACCAAGUCCCAGAGGAGUUUGUGUCAAAACUUGUGGGCAGGUGGUGACUGCCUCCCCGGAGGACAGCAGGGAACGUCUCAGGUGGGCACAGUGCACUAAGGACUUCUCUCCUAGUGUACCUGUGGGGAGGAGGUGUAGAGCUACCCAGGAUCUACUGAACACUUGAGUGUGAGCUGCCCCUGGCACUGCUGUGUAACUUGCAUGUGUGUGUUCCUCAGGGGCCAUUUCUAAUAAAUGACAGAAAAUUGCA